GCCCGGGAGAGCGCAGGUUCACCGAGCUCCCCGCUCAGUGUGGAGAGGAGGAAAACCAAACCCGCUCUUCUGUUCUGGUGGAUUUAUUAUUACAUUUGAGAGGAUAAAGGGAAGUCAGGCAGGGACCGAUCUGUUGGCUGAAAUGCACCGUCGCGGACUGAAAUGACACAGGACGGAUUUAAACCGCAGCUUCUGGAAUGAUUGAAGGCUGAAGUUCUGCUGGUGAAAGUGAGGAUGAGCCGUUUACGGGGGAGGGGGACACAGGUGAUCUGCGCCCUGGUGUGCGCUCUCCAGCUCUGCGGGGCUCAGAUGCCCAAAAUGACCGUUUGCCCUGGCACCCAAAAUGGCCUGAGUACGACUAAAGACUCCGAGAUCCAGUACAACCAGAUGAAGAGCAUGUACACCAACUGCAACAUAGUGAUGGGCAACCUCGAAAUCACCAUGAUGGAGCACAACAGAGACUACAGUUUCCUGCAGUCCAUUAAAGAGGUGACAGGCUACGUCCUGUUUGCCGUGAACCAGUUCAGCCGCCUCCCUUUAGACCAGCUGCGGGUCAUCAGAGGCAACACCCUCUAUGAGGACCAGUAUGCCCUGGCUGUGAUGCUCAACUACCAGAAGAAUGGGCAGCAUGGCCUCCAAGAGCUGGGCCUGACACAACUGACAGAGAUUCUGAGAGGAGGUGUCAAGAUCAUCCAGAAUAAGUUCCUGAGCUAUGCUCCACAGGUGAAUUGGCAGGACAUUGUCAAAAAUGGAUCAGCCCAUAUUAUGAUUGAGGAGAACGGGCCAAUAAAGCCCUGUCAUGAAAGCUGCAAGGAUGUGCCAUGCUGGGGACCAGGAAGUGACAAAUGCCAGAUCUUGACCCAUACUGUGUGCGCUCCUCAGUGUAACAGCAGAUGCUUUGGCACAAACCCAAACGAGUGUUGCCACACCGAAUGUGCAGGAGGAUGCAGGGGACCCCUGGACACUGACUGCUUUGCUUGCAAGAACUUCAACAACUUGGGUUCAUGUGUGCCGCAGUGUCCUCAGGCUCUGAUCUAUAACAAGCAUGCCUUUAGAAUGGAGCCCAACCCAGAUGCCAAGUACCAGUACGGUUCUUUUUGUGUGUCCGAGUGCCCUGCAAACUUCUUGGUGGAUGGCAGCUCGUGUGUGAGCAGCUGUCCCUCUGACAAAAAAGAGGUUGAGAAGGAUGGCGUGAAAAGGUGUGACCCGUGUGGAGGCCUCUGUCCGAAAGCCUGUCAUGGCACAGGAAGUCCAGGUAGAGAGACCGUUGAUGCUCAUAACAUAGACAGUUUCAUGAACUGCACUAAGAUCCAGGGCAGCCUGCACUUCCUUAUCACAGGAAUUGAAGGGGAUGAGUACAAUGGCAUACCUCCUCUCAAUCCAGAAAAACUCAAAAUCUUCAAAACUGUGGAGGAGAUUACAGACUAUCUGAGCAUUCAGUCAUGGCCUGACAGCCUGUCCAACCUGUCAGUCUUCUCCAACCUCAGAGUCAUUCAAGGCAGAACACUUUACAAGGGUGUAAGCAAAAGGGGUUACUCUUUAAUGGUGAUGAAGAUCAAAUCCCUCAGCUCCCUGGGGUUCCGAUCGCUGCAGAAAGUAAAUGAUGGUGUAGUCUACAUCACAGGAAACAAAAAGCUCUGCUAUCAGGACACUGUGAACUGGACACGCAUCGUGAACAACCGUCCACGCCAGAAACGGCAAAAGUUUGUGGAAGUCAAAGAAAACCGCCCAUCAAAGGAGUGUGUUGAGGAAGGCCAUGUGUGUGACCCGCUGUGCUCUGCUGAUGGCUGUUGGGGUCCUGGGCCAGACCAGUGUGUUAGCUGCAAGAACUACAGCCGAGGAGGGACAUGCGUGCCAGACUGCAUGUUCUUAUCUGGGGUGCAGAGGGAGUUUGUUACAUCCACCAAGGAGUGUCAGCUCUGCCACUCUCAGUGUCAGAUCCAGGAGGGGCGGACAACCUGCACCGGCCCGGGAGCACAUGAGUGUGUUGCAUGUGCAAACCUGAAGGAUGGUCCCCAUUGCGUGUCCUCGUGCCCCCAGGGUGUGAUGGGGGAAGAGGGCAUCGUCUUUAAAUAUUCAGACAAGAACAGGAACUGUGAACAGUGCCAUAUAAACUGCACUGAGGGUUGCACCGGCCCAGCGUUGGAAAACUGUGUUGGAGCAUCUACUCGGGCCAUUUCAAGACAAGCCACCACAGGCAUAGUGCUGGGACUGAUUGCUUUCAUCUUUGUGUCGUUCUCUGUGAUGACGUUGACGUUUCUGUACCGCCGCGGUCUUGCCAUCCGUCGCAAGAGAGCUAUGAGGAGGUACAUGGAGAGUGGAGAACAUUUUGAGCCUUUGGAAGAGAAAGAGAAAGUUCACGCUCGGAUCUUAAAGCCAGGAGAUUUGCGUAAGAUCAAGCUGCUUGGAAAUGGAGUGUUUGGAUCUGUCCAUAAGGGCAUCUGGAUUCCAGAAGGUGAUACAGUGAAACUACCUGUGGCCAUAAAGACGGUUCAUGAUCGCACCGGUCGACAGACCUUCUUCGACAUUACAGAGCACAUGAUAGCAAUAGGAUGCCUGAACCACAUCAACGUUGUGAGGACCCUGGGUAUCUGUCCUGGAGAGAGUCUGCAGCUCAUCACCCAGCUCAGCACUCAGGGCUCCCUGCUGGAGCACAUCAGGAACAACAAAAACAAGCUGAGCCCUCAGAGGCUCCUCAACUGGUGUGUGCAGAUUGCAAAGGGAAUGAAUUAUCUGGAAGACAAUAAGAUUGUCCACAGAAACUUAGCAGCCAGAAAUGUGCUUCUGAACAACAACUUCACUGCUCAGAUUUCUGACUAUGGUAUUGCAGAUCUGCUCUGUCCUGAGGACAAAAAGUACGUCUACAAUGAAGUUAAGACACCUGUCAAAUGGAUGGCUUUGGAGAGCAUUUUGUUUCGCAGAUACACACAUCAGAGCGACGUCUGGAGUUAUGGUGUGACCGUGUGGGAGAUGAUGUCCUAUGGGGUAGAGCCGUAUGCUAACAUGCGUCCACAAGAGGUUCCUGAUCUGCUGGAAAAUGGAGAACGUUUGUCUCAGCCUUCCAUUUGCACCAUUGAUGUCUACAUGGUCAUGGUGAAAUGUUGGAUGAUUGAUGAGAACGUGCGACCAACGUUUAAGGAGUUGGCCAGUGAAUUCACUAGAAUGGCCAGAGACCCACCUCGUUACCUGGUGAUCAAAGAGGACUGCAGCCAGCAGCAGUUGGCCCUUGAUGAAGUCACCCAGCGAAGUGCAGACCUGGAUGACUUGAAUGAUAUUGAUCUUGAGGACCUUGUGGUUGAGGAAGACUUUGAUGUUCAAGCUCGCCCUUACCUUUCUAGGAGUGUCAGUCGUCUCUCCAAAGCAGACACUAACAAAUUGGUAAUUAAUCCAUCAAUUGGGGCUGGGUACCUGCCAAUGACUCCAGGUGCUGACCAUGCAGCACAGUCUUCUUGGCAGUCGCGUUCAAGGCUAAACUCAGCCCGCACCAUGUCUGAGAGCUCAGAGGGCUGUGGUACAGCGGCGGAGCUGGACAUGAGCGAGGACUUCUCUAUGGGAGGGAGUCUGAAAAGAAAACGUCAACGUCAAGACAGCGCCUAUGUCUCGCAGAGAGACAGUAUGUCUGGUGGGCCGCCAGAAACCCCAUUCCCUGAUGAAGAUGAUGAGAACGAUGAAUAUGUGCUUCCUGGGGAAAGUCCAGAAAGAGAGAAUCUACUGUGUUCAUAUCGAGCCACUCCUGGCAGAAUGGGCAAGUCUCGCUCUGGAAGCCUCUUGGACGACCCGGAUGAAGAAUAUGAGUACAUGAAUAAGCAGGUGUCUCUAACACCUGUUUCUCUGAGGCACAGCAGCCAGCAGCAGAAGCCAACCAAAAAACGAACCUCGUCUGUAUCGUCUCAAGCUAUGGCCUCCUCCUCCGAAACCACUCAGUCUCUCGAGGGAAAAGCAAGACGCAUCAGUUUUGAGUUAGAGCUGCAGGGAUCCAGCAAAGCUGAAUAUGAAGACAUGGACAUCAGAAGUAUUGAAAGAGACGAAAGUCCUCCGGCACAUGAGCUUCCUCCACCUCCAAUAAUGGACAGGAGGCAAAGGGAGGUAGAAGAGGAGCAAGAAGAGGAGGAAUACGUAGAAGAUGACAACUAUCACUACACAAACCAACAGCCGAAGCUGCGGCAAACUCUUCAAGACAGGAAAGAGCUCAAGAUCAACAGGCGAGACAAACACGAAACUUAUGAGUAUGAGGACAUGGACUACUUUACUGCUCCACCGCCUGCAGAUGCAGGGCUGUACCAGAACAUGCAAAAAGAUACCGGGGCAGCAGUUGGGGUUACCAACGGGCUUUUCUCUGAGUGUGAACCCCACGAAAAUGUACGAGCUGGACUCGGGGUAGGGGAACCUGCUGCUGGAGACACAUCCUUUGACAAUCCAGCCUACUGGCACAGUAAAAUGUUCCAUAACCCUAGUCCAGUGCCCAUAUGAAGAACAGCUCAUUCUCACCUCUAGAACAAUAAUUAUGAAGGAUGUAGGGGUCCAAACCAUCAGGCACCAGUUUUAAUAGGGGCAGGGGCAUUUUUAAAAAAGGAGAUUACAAAAAUACAGAACAAGGAAGGUACUAGAUACUUGAGCAAAAAUAGAAAAAAGGCUGGGGAGAACCAAACAUCACCAAACAUAAAAAACCUCACACACAUGAGGAGGGUGUGGUAAUCUAAUGAUUAUGUUUAAUCUAACCCAUAAAUGCUGAAAA